UUAAAAAUCAAACACGGAAGUUAGUUCCCCCGAGCGUUACAGUUCCAUAGUUAUUAUUGAUAUUUUAACAACGUACGUCGUUUUUACUCAUAUUCUGCACUUGUAAAGAAGAUCUCAUAAUACUUAGGCUGUUUUUCAAGUUGUAUAAGUUUGUGAGGUUUACUAGUGUUACUGACUUUUUUCGCGGAGGGAUCCAUACGUGGCCGCUCACUCUGGCGUGGAGGGUGUUUUGAAUUUCGCCCUGCAUCUUUUUUGAUCGUCUAAAUUUUAUAAGCACAAACGCUUUUUUAAUGACACAGUAGUCUAUAUGUGCUUUUAUAUAUUUCAACAACAGGCACCCCUGUCAUUUAUCUUAAUUGUCAAAGAUGGCUAUGGUGAAGAAGAACACUGGUAGUGCUGAGGAAGAUCAGGAGGAAGUGUUCUCCCCCUCAGAAGAGAACUCCCCUCCUGUUUUAAAAGAUGUCUCAGCUCCCCUGAAUUUCUCCGAGCUCACACCCUGUCAGUUCGGCAUCUCUGCUCAGAGUUUUACCCCAGCAUCAUUGUCAGCCCGCAAAGACAAGUCACGUCUAGCUCAAAUAAAGGCAAGGCGGAGGUCCACCAUUGGUGCCAGGGGCUCCCCAGAGACAAACUCUCUCAUCCGCUUCAUGGCACUACAGAGGAUGAAGACUGCACCAUCAUUCCAAACUCCAGAGCUUGUCAGAAACAGCCCCUUCCCUCCCCGGGUCACCUCCACACUGAGGCAAAAGAUGGCCUCCUUCCAGAACCUGAUGGAUGUGGAAGAGAGUGAGGCCUGUGAUCCAGUGCCAAGGCAGGACAGCACCACUGGAGGAUGCAUCAAGACAAGAGAUUAUCUGUCUGAUUGGAACAGCCGUGAUGGAGAGAAGGAGAACCACCCAUCACUGAUGACACCCACACCCAACAAGAGAAGGCGACUGGGCCCCCUAGAAUCCUGUGGACUGCAGAUUAGAGAGACCAGUGCUUCUAUCCUCCACUUAAAUUUGAAGGAGCAUGAGGAGUAUGAAGAGCCGGUGACGCAGGUUUUGACACUAGAACCACUAUCAUCCAGUGAGUCUGUGGAAGAGGCCCAAGCUGUGCUUACAUCCCCACCCUUUCAGCUCCAGGCCUGUUCCCCUCGUAAAAGCCAACAGGACGGUGUCUUUGAACUCCAAAGCCCCAGCCAACCACCACCUGAUGAUUCUGCAGCUGCUCCAUCAGCCAGGCCUACGUCCUCCUUCCACAUUCCCUUUCUCCCUGCUCAGCUAGAGAUGAAGCCCAAUGUAGAGGAUAACUCCGCUGGGAAGUCUGUGGGUAAGAGCAAGAAAAAGAGCGUGCGCUUUGGAGGUGCACUCUCUCCUGAGUUCUUUGACAAGAACCUGCCCCCCAGCACGCCGUUACAGAGAGGGGGCACGCCAGCCCGAGCACCCACACCAGGUGGAAUCUUACAGCUGCGCUCAGUGCUGAAGACGCCACAGAGGAAUGAGUCCCAAACACCACAAACUCAGCCAAACCUCUGCAGCCCCACUGUUUUCGGUGCUUCUCCUACACUUGCAAUGCCUCGCAACCGCAGAACGGAGUCUCUGGGAGAGGACAGUGAAGAGAAGGAGGCAAAGAUUUCUUUCCCUUUAAUGAAAGAGAGUGACUGUGUGAUGGCACAUGAUACAGAAUGUACAUGGGACGCCCAACCAUUGAAUUUAAACACUGCUUUCCAUGAGGAGUCUCUUUCUCAGACUCUGACAGAGUGUGAGACUCAACCCAGCACAACCUCCCAGAUGGAUGAGCUGACAUCCUUACCAGAGCCACAGCAGCAAUUUGAAACAAGUGUUGAAGCUCCAACUCAAUCUAGAAACCUAAGGAAAAAGCAACCAGCACCACAGUGUGGAUCUACCAGUGAGGCUCCAGCUCGCUCCAACAGUCGAAAGAGAAAGCAGCCAGAGGAGAGCGAACCUGUGAAGAGGUCGACACGCUCUGCUGUCAAGUCAGCCUCUGGGAAGAUAAAGAAGACCUCCACCACAACAAAUCGGUGGAACAAGGACGUGGACCGCUCCCUGUACAGCUCGCGGGCAUAUGCCUCCAAGAACCCCACCCUGAGUCCCAUCACAGAGAGGUUGUCCUUCAUCAGCCAGUCUCCUGCAGCACAGCAGGCUCCCUCUACUAGCUGUACAACAGACCCAAAUCAUGAGACCAGCUUGAAGCCUGACAUAACUAACAACAGUCAAACAGUAGGUGACCUGGAAAAUCCUUCAGAAGAUUCCAACACAUCUCCCAAACCCAGUAAAGAAAGCACCACAAGGACGAUUAGUGGGAGAGGACUGAAGAAAAGGAAAGUCAGUGUUGCUGAUGGCAUCCUUCUUGGUAAGGAGACUCUGGACCAGAUGGGAGGAAAGAUGGAGGAGCACUGUGAAGACCAAUCCCCUACAAACUAUGAGCAAUCAGGGGAAAUCCCACUGACCCACUCUGUGACUGAACAGGGAGCCGUAGCCACUAAAGUUGAUGCCCAGACCUCUGCAGAUGCACACUGCACAGACUCCGAUGAAACAUUAGAAUGUCAUGACAGUCGAGAAGCAUGCACCUCACACUGCCAAACUUCAGGUGAGGAGUGCAACAACACUUUGAGCCUGCCCUCAGAGCCAGCACAGAGAAAAGCUAAACGGGCCAGGAGGAGGGCUGUGAACACCUCAGUCGUACAGGAACGGGGUAACCAAGCAGAACAGCACCAAACGAGCCCUGAAGUGGAGGAGAAGGAACAAGGAGAGCAAGCAGCUUGCCAGCCGGAAAACAUCAGGUCAAGCUCUGAUAGCCAGGAAGAGGGGAUGGUGUCCAGUUUGGACCUCGCCCCAUGGCAGGCUAACUUUAAUUUUGAGGAUGUGUUCAAACCUGUUACCACUAGAGGGCAGUGCUCAGUACGCCGCAGCCUGAGGAACCAGAGUAAUGCGAACCACAGCAACAUUGGUGGUCUCGCCUGGCUGCCGCGUACCUCCCCUGAUUCCAGUAAAGAAGCUCGCAGAAAGACCAGGGGCAGACGACACAGUGCCGCUCCACCUGUCCAACCUGUGCUCCCUGAGGAAACGUCGGACAACACUUCAUGAGAUGUUUGAAUGAAUGAACUGAGAUUAAAUGUGGCUUACUAAUAUGUUAAUUACACCCUCAUACUACGUGCCCUGUUUUCUUAAACACAAAGCAAUGAUCAUCCAAGGCACUGGCUGAUUGUUUUAUAUUAGCUAAAAUAUUGAUGCUUUUGUUCCCUGUGAAUUAUUAGAGCUGACCGAUAAUUUGUAGCCAGUCUUCCUCCACUAACCAAGCCAGUCAAUACACUGAGAGUCCAAUCAUCUCUGCUGACUACCUCUUAAUCAAUAUCCAACCACUUAGCUGGUAAUCACAGUGCAUCUUCGUUCUCACUCUCCAAAGUCACUGGAUCGAGGAUCUCCUGGUCAAUAUCUACUCUUUGUGGAUGGAUGAAGAUGGCUGCACUACUUUCACAAUCUGUCAAGCAAAGCUGGUCAGGUGCCUGAGUAGUGUAAUAGUAAUUUAACUUACACACAGAAAUUUAAUUAAUAGGCUCUGAGAAUUCUGUUUAUUUGGUGUUGCUGAAAUUUUUCUUUUUCUUCAGCGAUCUAACCUGUUGACAUACAGGGAAAUGUCCAGAAUAAGCUCUGCAUCUCAUUGCAUUGUCUGAGCUUUUAAUUGAUUGUUUUUACGUACUGUCGGUAGUUAAUAGUAAUAGCCAAUUUAAUUGCAAUUAUCUUGUACAUUGCAUCAUAUUUGUAAUCACUUCCCUUCACAAUUCACUUCAAGUACGGCAGCUUUCCUUUAGCACAAACCAGGACUUUUUGCCAUAAUUGGAUGCAUCGCUUCAGAAAUUACCAUUCUGUUCUACAUUUUUGAAUUUCAGCACAGCCAAAUAUCUGGAAGUAAAUUGACCUUUAACCUCAGAAUCCACCAGUCACUGAUUCAAAUCAGCCCCUCUUUACUGACUCCAUCCAUCUGUCAGAGAGGAAUGGAGCGAGCAGUAACAAAUUGAGUUUCAAAUUCAGUUCACAUAGGAAAAUUGGCUCCCAGAAUGAUGCAUGACUGUGAUCUAUCCAUCACUGGGUAAUUGACUCCCUCCUUUUACAUCAAGUCAGUGUCACUUCUGAAGGACACCAGAGGUUCCUUGCUCUGAACGUGUGCCAAGGUUUCUUCUGUAUUCCCACUGGAAGACAAAUGGACAGAAAUGUAUAGGCUCUAGUAUAGCUGUGGGUUGGUGCAGUGGGGCUUCUGUGCCAUCUGGUGGUGAACCAGUGGAACUGCAGUCGCCAUCCAUUCAUCUGUCAUUUUGAUCAAGUAUGAAAUAAGUCACAGGAACUGAUGUUACUGCCAGGAGAGGAAAUAGUGCAGUAGAUGCACAUUCAUUUAUGUCAAAAGGCUUUUUGUUGGGCGCUGCUGCUGAGCAUGAAUCAUCUACAGCUUGUGCGUGUUUGCAUCUUUUUUUUUUCCUGUGUAUCCUGUGCCUCUUUUUUUCCCUGUCUGAUUUUAAAACUUCUAAUUGCAAGUGUCUUUUGAGUAGGCUGUUUUAUUGUGAGAGUGUACAGCCAAACUGCUGCACCUCCAUACAAGUGGGUGUGGGGUGUGUUUUGUGUCUGAGAAAGUGUAUGAGGGGUGUGAAGCCGAAGCCCCCGUCCCUGGCAGACGGACAUACUGAAGACGGCUUAACACAAGAACAAUGGGGUCCUUUGACCAAAACGACGCCCCCAAGACAUGUGGCCUCCUAUCACCGUGGCAACCCCCCAUGGGACAGGGAGCAGGCUGACAGCUGGAGAGGAGGACUUACAAUAAAUGGAGUCCAUUUCUUUCCACUGAAGCUCCCUUGCUCUAUAUGUUUUGCCUCCUCGCCCUGUCCUCCACUGCUCAAAGUCCUUAUGAAUGUGAGUUCUCAUUUUGCAUCUUCUUGUGAUUGGCCUUAUGGACUUGACUUCCCACCAGCAGUCCAUCUAGCUUUUCCAGACACAUAAAAAAAUUAGAGAUGACAAUAAAUCAAGUUGUUAUAGGCUUUUGUUGCUGUCAGUAAUAAGAGAGCAUUGAUCUCAUUGGCUAAUAUGAGGCUGAGCCACAAGAUUUCACACUCACUGUACUCUUGAUUUUACGCCUCAUCUUUAAACGGAUGAGCACUUUCUGUACAGACAAAAAGGCAUAAUCAGAUUUUUGUACUUCCAGAUUUAGAGACUUUCGUCUUUCAAUUAGUUAAUUAGUAGCUGAAUGGUAUUAAGUUGUCCCGCUGCCUCAGUCCAUUCUGUGCUCAGUGCUCUGAGCCCUCUAUUAUUGAUGCUCAGAGGCGCGCUCUCUAAGCCCUGCACAGCUCUCCUAUGGAGCUGAAGACAGCAGGAGGAGGGCAACAAACAAAGGCAGGGCAACAACAAGAGACCCUCUAGCUACUCUCAGUUUGGUUUUCUGUCCCAGUGUGUCUGCAUGGUGCAGCUGCAGCUGGCCCAGACCUGCUUCAAACAGCCGCAGCUGCACCAUGCUGCACACACCCUAGACAAGGUGUUCAUUAGUUCAUUUUGUGUUUCAUUAAAAAAAUGCUGUGUAGUUCA